GGUUCUUGUUCUACUGGAGGAACCCUGUGAGCUGUUGUCAUGUGUGUGAUCAUCACAUUACUGAGUGUCCUCUUUAUUUCACGGACUCUGGCUGAUUGUGCUGCUCAUAACAACCUGCUCAUCACGGCACCAAAAACGCUGCAGGCUCUGAGUGGCUCUUGUUUGCACAUCCCAUGUCACUUUAGCAUUAAAAAUAAAGAAGGCUUUAACAGUAGAAGUGUUGCUGGAGUGUGGAUCAAAAGUGACCCAAGGUUUGCAACAUUUCCAAACAAUGUCAUUUUCAACAGCAGUCGUUCAGUUAACGUCUAUCCCAUGGAUAUAACCGGAAACCUGAGUCAGAAAGACUGCAGCACUUUGUUCUCCGACCUAAACAAGAACUUUACAGACACUUACUUCUUCAGGAUUGAGAGCAAACCUUUUAUGGCAACAGCUGUUUGUGAUUCUCUUCAGAUAAAAGUAACAGAUUCUGCCUGGAGUCCCAGCAUUGAAGUCUCAGGUGAUCUGAAGGAGGAGGAGUCUGUCUCCAUCACCUGCUCAGCUCAGACUCCCUGUCCACACUCACCUCCUGAACUCACCUGGAGUCUCCAACAAGACUCUCAGAGAACAGAGAAGAACACAGAUGGAACAUUUACAACUAAAAUCCAGGAGAACAUCACUCUGUCAGACACACAUGAUGGAGACAACAUCAGAUGUUCUGUCAGAUAUCCUGUGGAUGGAGGGAACCGUAAGAAGACAGCAGAAACAAAUCUGACUCUCAGUGUUUCCUAUGCUCCUAAAGACACCUCAGCAUCCAUCAGUCCAUCAGGUGUGGUGUCAGCAGGUACCUGGGUGGAGCUGAGCUGCUCCAGCAGAGCAAAGCCUCCUGCCAGAACCUUCACCUGGUUCAGGAACAGCAAACCUGGACCUGUUCUUGUUUCUGAAGGUCAGGUUUACAGGUUCAACGUCUCUGAGGGAGGAGAGUUUUACUGUGUGGCUCUAAAUGAUCUGGGUAACCAGACGUCACCUGUGGUUCUUCUUAACUUAGAAGAGAAAUCUUUGCCCUUGGUACCGAUGGCUGCAGGAAUUACUGGCAUCGUUGUACUGAUUGUGUUCAUUUUGUGA